UGGCGGCGAAUCAUCUGGCAAUGUGCUCGAUUCGAUACCCAUUUUAUUUUAUGUUUAUAUGCUUAUAAAUAUUUUAUUUACGUUGUAAAUGCGUUUUGAAUUCAAUUCAUGAUAAAGAACUCAGCAUUUGAUGUCGCAGCUGUGGAUCAUCAGAAACUCUUGAAAAGAUUGGAUAUUGUUGGUCCAUUCCAUCUGUUGUAACGUUAAAUCACAACAUACAUAACUGAUUAUCAUUUGUUUGAUUGGCUUGAUUGUCUGGAAACUUAUGUGCGAAAAUGCUGUUGAAGAAUUUAGACGCUUUAAAGAUUUGGCUGACUGCUCGACUCGAAAAAAUAUGUGAUGCUGAUCCUGGAGCCCUUGCCAAAUAUGUGGUUGCGUUACUAAAAAAAGACAAGCCGUUGGGGGAUCUUGAAGAAAUUUGCAUUGAUCAACUGGAAGUUUUCUUAGGCAGGAACACAGUGUCAUUUGUAAAGACAUUAUUUGAAGCUCUGAAGAACAACUCGUAUAUACCUGUUGCACCAAAGUCUGUAACGCCAUUACUAAAUGAAACAUCAAAACAGGUUACACCUCCAAUGUAUAGCCUGAGCACUACUCCGGAACCAACAAACGCAGCUCCUGAGAGCAAUGUGUCAAAGCAGAUCAGUCCACCGAAGUUAAUUAAACAAACUGGGGAAAAUGAAAUCUUACCGGGCCAAGCUUCUGGUGCAAAGCCAGGUCACUUUUCAACCAAAGACAAUGUGUCCCUGCAACAUCUUAACAAACCACCUUCGCCUAGACCCGAUAACAAGAGGGUAUUGAGUACUGAUGAGAGUUUUCGACCGCAGGCUGAAGAGUCUUCGGUGCUCGAUGAGGACGAUCGCGACUUCAAACGAACUCGAAAACCCGUUGAGGAGGUAGAGGAACGAGAAGAAAAACCGAUCCUGACAAUCCAUAGGGAUACAUACCAGUCCUCGCAAAGGGCGAAAAAAAGGCGCUCUGAAUCGGAUCGUGAUAUAAGCGCACCUCGUGUUAAAGUAUUAAAAAAUGAACCCACCGAAGAUAUUAAGGAUGAGUUUGCAAAAAACAAAAAUAAAGACGAGGGUAUGGACGAAGACAUUACAAAAAGAAAAGACGGCAAAGAGCAAUCUUCAAAGCAUAACUUAGCUGAUAAAACAAGAGAAAGUUCUUCAGAUAGAGAAAAUUCACAGCGAACAUCGGACAAGGGAAAACCCAGGCACGAGGAUAGACCGUCUGCAAAAAGUCGACUGUAUAAGAGCAGGCCAUGGGGAAAACGUGGGCGAUGUCGUGAUUAUGACGAGAAAGGUUAUUGUAUGAGAGGCGAGUUGUGUCUUUAUGAUCAUGGUAAUGAUCCCUUGAUUGUUGGCAGUGAUCCUAUGAACAUUCCAGGAAUCGUGCUUGGUUUUCAGCGGGCUCCUCAUCCCGCCGCGUUUAUUUCUGAAACGGCGGGCUUGAAUCCAACGGGUUUGACGAUGCGACCGGCUAUGCCCCAUAUCCCCUAUCCUGUCCGUCCCGCUGCACAUGUGACCGCUAACGUUCGCGUUCCUACGUCGGCAAUAUCCGAGAACAACACUUCUCGGUCAAAAUCAGACGAAUCUCGAACUGCUGUAGCUCAAACGCCAAUUGCAAAUGUUAGACCAAAUGUGGCAAUCGCUCGCUAUAAAGACGUUAUUCCGAGUGUUGGUGAAAUGUAUAAUCCCGAGCAACCGUCUUUUGAUGGUCGACAGCCUGAGAAACCUUCGGUGUGGGCUCGACUUGGUAUGCAGAGCUCCCAUAUUGCCAAUAUGCACAUUCAGCGAGGUCGAGAACUUGUACAAGUCAUGACCGCCCAGGUGCCUUCCGUUGUGUCUUCUACAGCAGGAGCUCAAGAUAUCAAGAAUACAGCGACAGCUGUUAAGGGUGCCAAUAUUACAACUGUCCCUCCAACUGCAGGAAGUGUGCCCGAGCAAUCAAACCCGCCAACAACGAACCCCCCGCCUCGCAGAUAUACCAACACAGUUUUGGAAGUGAAGAAGUUGCCGCCGAACCUCAACAACAUUGCCACUUUGAAUGCUUACUUCCAGAGAUUUGGAAAGAUAGUAAAUAUACAGGUUUCCGCUUUUGGUCAAUCAGAUAUGGCGUUGAUACAAUUUUCCACGAACUUUGAGGCACGCGCCGCGAUAUCAUGUGCGGAUGCGAUUCUCGGAAACCGAUUUAUUCGAAUAUUUUGGCAUAAGCCUGACUUGGAGCAACAAAAGAACGACAGAAAAGUACAACUCGAGAACAAUAAAACUGCCGUGAGCAAUGCGAAACCCAUUGUCAAUGAUAAGCCAGCUGCUCCAAUCAUGUUUCAGACUGGGCAAACAACUUUUAAGUCAGCCGUUUUAUCGACUGCUGUGGAAAAGAAGAAACAUUCAACCGCUAAAGUGGUUAAGGACGUUGUAAAGAAAAAGGUUAUGCUACAAAAGCAGAAACAAGAGUUACUAUGCAAACAAAUCGAAAACCAAAAGCUUUUGAUAAAGAAGUUAGAGCAAACAAAGAAUUUAAAGCCUGCGGAUAAGGAACAAAUAAUGCAGACUCUCAAGAUUGUCUCCGAAAGCGUAUCGAAACUCCAAAAUGAAGUUAAAGUUAGUGCUGCAUUAGUGAGAUCAAAGGAAAGUCCCGCUCGAGCACGACAAGUGGCUCAGAAGGAGUUAUUGGAUCGGGAGUUGGACCUCAUUACACAUGAACAGACGGGAGAAGAUACAACGGAAUUAAGACAUAGAGUCGAAGAGUUGAAGAAGGAGGCGCAGUCCCUUGGUCUUUUAGAUGCGAACCAACGUGGUGGUGGUCGCGGUCGUGGUCGUGGUGGACGCAUACAUUUGCGUAGUUUAUCUCGUGGUUCUGGUGCCAGGGGUCGUUCUGUGGUUUCUCGUUCUGCAGCAGUCGUAGAUAAUCGACCAAAAGUUGUCGUGGUUGAAAGUUACAAUUUGGAAAAGAAGAAUCUCGUUAAACAACGUUUGAAGGUAUUUGGUGAAAUCGAACAGAUAGAAGAAGAAAACGAAGGUCGACGACUUGUCGUUACAUACCAUACUCGUAAACAAGCAGAAAGUGCAAUCGCGCACGUGUCUUCGUUAAACAUGGAUGUCACUGUAUGUUGGCAAAGACGAAAAUCCAUCUCAGCACUACAUGAAACACCUGUUAAUGUAAAGUCAUCAAUCGGUUCAGAAGAAGAACUCGUCGACUCGGAAAAUGCUUUGGAUGCAGAAACAGAAGAAAUGUUGCUGGAAGGCCACAUGGAUGAUGAGGAUGAUGAAGAAGAAAGAACAUGGCGACGUUGAUGAGUGAUCAUCAUUAUUCCGAACUGUUUCUCAAGAGGAUGUGGUGCAUGCACAGAACGUCUUGUAUAAGAAAGGUUUGUCUGCCAAUGGAUGGUCAAAUAUUGGAUUUCUUAUUUGUGAUCGCAUUGUUCAAAGUAUUUGGUGAGCAAUCGACAUUUCAUGUUGACGAGCUUGAGAAAUCUACAGUUGUUGCAAUGUGAACAAAACGUACUUGCUGAAGAGUACUAUUUCCCGAUUUUGUGUCAACCUCUGUGAUGCCUACCGUCUUAUGUUACAUGGUAAUAACGAGUACAGCGUCUAUAGCUAUAAUAUCAAGGUACAGUACUGUUAUCGAUAGCUGAAAGUUUGUUGAGAGGGCUGGCGCUGCUUCACAAUUAUGGAUGACAGAAUGUACAGAGCCACUUGGUGCUGUUUAAAAUGAGGACACCACAAAUGACUGUACAACAAGUGCUAUUCCAUGAAUGGUGUACAGUACAGCUAAACAGCAUUAAAUUAACCCGAUAAAUUUGCUGAUUUUCAAAGUCAAUGAUGGCGUUGAUUGGAUUGUUGUUUGGAACGACUUUGGACCUAUUAACGACGUUUUUAGCUGGAUGUCGGUUGAUAUUUCAAAGAAAAUGUUAAAUGUAUUGCUGUUAUAUGUUCAAACGCAUGAUGUCGAUGUAGAUUAUUGAUUGAAACCAAAAAAUAAUAAAAAAGAAAAGGAAAAAAAUAAGGCACAAAAUAUAAUUCGGGUGAAUUAAUAGGGAAAUGUAAAAAAAAAUGAAGGAAAAUUCUAACCCCGCUUCCAAAGAAAUUGUUUUAUGAUAGAAUCUGACAAAUUUAAAAAAAAUGUGCGAUAAUGUGCAUGAAGUGUAAAUAGGUAUUGAGAAAAUCAUCCGUUAAGUAUGGCUACAUUGGACAAAGAAACCGACUGCAAGAUAUACCUUAAAAAUAUUUUAAUCAGUGGAAAACGCAGGGAGUUAACCUGUAAAUAAAUGAAUAUGUACUUCCGA